AUGACCACAGUUACAAAACCUCUUGCUAUUAGAUCAACUUCAUCGUCGAUCGCCCGAAAACCCAACGGGCUACCUCUGGGAAGCGCCAAUUCCUCGAAGCAUAACCUCCGUCAAGCCUCAUGGCGACCAAGGCAUUCACAUUCACGGCCAAGACAGCCCAAAAGGUCCAUAUCCUCUGGCUAUCUGAGCUGCCAUAACACUCAGUUUUCUGAGGAUGUUCAAUGCAGCUAUGGUUGCCCAUUAUCAAUUGCGACUACACCCUCUACUAUUUUUGAUGAUGGCAUAAGUCCCGAGGAUGAUGGACGGUCGACUGGACAGCCGGCCAACGUAAACAAGAAACCUCAGAACUCAAUUAUAUCAGAAACCAAAGCUCCCAUCAAGAAUAACCCAGAGCAUCAUGGUGAUCAUCACGUUGUCGGAUCGGAAAUGCCGAUCGCACUCAGCCGACAUGAAGAGUACCCUCAGCACAAACCACUUUCAUCGAGCCUAUGUCCGGCUUCCAUCAGCGCCGAAGACUUCAAUUGGAAGUCUAUUCCAGCCGUGGAAGAGUUCAAGAAUGAUCCAGCACACGAAUACUGGGAAUGGAAUUCAGAGACACAACAGUGGUGCCAUACGGACGAGGAAGGACUUACACUUUCGUGCCCUGCUAUGCUGGAUUAG